AUGCAGCAGCCCUAUCCGCCUCGCCUGCAGAUCGACUCGCCGCGCUUCUUGGCCAGCAGCAGCACCAUGUUCGGCUCGCCAGGAGGCGCCAUGUUCGCGUCGCCCGCGGCGUACAGCGGCCACCCGUUCGGCGCAGCCGGCAUGCUGAGCCCCGAGGCGCUCCCUCACGGCAGCGUCUCGGGCCCGUCCACCCACGGAGCGGCAGCACCCGCAUCUCCGCGCUCCUUCUUAUCCUCGUCGGCACCUCCCCCUCGCGGUCACGGCAAGCGCGAGAGCGUGUCCGUCUCGGCUCUGCGCGUCGGUGACGACCCGCUGCGCAGUCCGACGCUGUCGCGCGCGACCUCGGCGAGCCCGGCGACCUCGUCGAGGAGGGACGAGCCGCGUCGCAAGAAGGUCGUCGUGUGCAUCCCGCGCGAGCGCUCGACGGGCGACAAUGACGACGCCGACGGCGAGGGCACGGUGAGCAGGGUCGAGGAGCGAGCGAGCGCAACGCGCCGGGUCCCGCUGUCGGCCAAGGAGCGCGGGGAGGUCCUGGCGAGGGUUGAGGCGGUGGACGGCGGGGCGGUCGUCGCCUCUCGCCCGCAGCACGAGGACGAGGUCAAGCAGUCGGAGCUGCCGCCGAUGAUCGACGUGUACCUCCCGGGCAAGGACGCGUGGGAGGAGGUGUGGGACCAGUUCGAGGAGGGCAAUCGCCGUCCCGCAUUCCUGUCGUCCCCCGCACCGCCGUCGCCCGACACCCUCUUCCCUCGCCGCGCCGGGCAUGGCCGCACCGCCUCCCUGUUCGCCAGCCCGUCCGCCCACCUCCCGCCGCGUCUGCAGUCCGUCGUCGACUCGGUCCGCCGCGUCGGCGGCGGGCAUGCCCCCACCCUCUCGCUCUCGCUCCCCACGAGCCUCGCCACCCUGCGCACGACCCCCCUCGCGACCAUGCGCUCGUCCGCCUUCCCCUCGCCCUCGCCGACAUCCACGUCCACCUCGCCUGUACCCGCGCUCGGCGGCAACGCGACGAGCUCUCGCGGGCUGACGCCGCUGGCGGACAGCUUCGUCCCGUCAGCGGCGGCCACCCGGCUGAGAGCCGCAGCCUCGACGGCGCUCCCGUGCAGCCCGUCGAGCUCGCCCGAGCGCGCUCGCCUCGUCGUCGCCGUCCCGCACGACGAGCAGGGCGAUGAGCGCCUCGUUGCGCACGGCCCUUCUCGGCCCCUGACCGAGGCGAACGUCUCGGGCGCGCUCGUCGACGUCGACGAGCGUCUCGAUCUCGAAGGCGACGUCGCACAGCGUCCUGACGCCCAUGACGUCGUCGAGCUCGGCGCCGAGCGGACGCACGACGGUCGGCGCCGCACGGCCCGCUCCAGGAGCGCGUCCGGCGUGUCGACGAGGACCGACCACACGGGCGUCGCGAGCCUGUCGGGCUCGGCCCCUAGCUGGACCAACGCGAGCGAGGAGGAGGACAAGACGAGCUCGUGCGGCAGAGCAGGGCGAGGACAUGCGCCGGCGCUCAGCCACGAGCUGAGCCGCGCCCUCACCGACCUCGGGUCGCUCGACGCGCACGAGCCAGACGAGGCGCCUCGUCCCGUCGCAGCGCGCACCGCCAGCGAGCCUGCCGCCGUCGAGAUCGGCGCGUCGGACAACUCGCAGGACGGCGACGGCGAGCUCUCGGCGAGCGAGUACGGCAAGCUCUCGGACGCCGGCGCAGCUGACGAGCGCGCCGCUCGUCGCGCCCGACCUACCCGCCAGCACCCGUCGACCGCAUCGACGACCGACGACGAGGACGACAAGCCGCUCGCCAUGCUCGCGCUCCGGCCACCACCGAGCCCGCUCUUCCAGGCGCCGACCGAAGUCGACCGCACCGACCACGAGGACUCGAGCGUCAAGCCGCCGCAGCACAAGGUCAACCUCGCGUUCGCCUUUCCGCCUCGAUCGUCGAGCGACUCGCCCGGCAAGGUCCGCCGCCAAGCCGCCGAGGUCGCCCUCCCCGACAGCUCGCCGGCCAGCUCGGCGCAGGCGAGCCCGCAGCUCGGCUCGUUCGACUUUGUCGACUCGGCGCCACACAGCGUCGGUGGCUUGUCUUUCCGCCGGCGCAAGAGCGCGGCGCCGUCGUCGUCGUCGUCCGUCGAAAUCGCGUUCGGGCCUUUCGGCGAGCCGGGCUCGCUCGCCGUCUCGCCGAGCGCGCUCCCUGAGACGCCGCCUGUGCCGCACGGCGACCGUCCUGCGACUGACGGCGCGUCCAGGACGUCCACGUCGUCGACGUCGUCCACCCGCCCGGCGCUCAAGGCGACGGCCGCCGACUUUCAGCCGUCGCUGCCGACCGGCCUCCCCACCUCGUUCGGCAUUUCGAGUGCCUCGUCGUUCGACUUCCUCCCUCCUGCCGACGCACCUAUCCUGCCCUCGAGCGCGUCGAUGCCGCCGCUGCCUGCCCCGACGCGCCACGUCAGCGGCUCGCGCGGCCCGCUCCCGCCCAUCCCCCUCACGACCGUCACGCCGCACUCCUCCGCCCUCAAGCGCCGCAAGGGCGACGACGGCGACUGGCUGCCGGCGAUCGAGCCCUCGUCGUCGCAGCACCUCGUGUCGACGCCGUUGCUCGCGCAUCCGCAGCCGCGUCGGCCGCUCCCGGACCCGCCGUCCGCGUUCGAGUACGACGACCCGAGCCUCGAGCGCGAUGCCGGCGAUGUCGAGAUCCUGAGGGAAGAGGGCGACGAGGCGGAGGACCAGGAGGACUCGGGCAGCAGGAGCUUCAUGUCGUCGCUGUCGGUCGACGACCCGCUCCCCGAGCAGUACGCCCCGGCGCGUCCAAUCGGCGCCAAGCGUCCUGUCGCACGAGACGCGUCGACCUCGAGGCCGUUCUCGCUGCGGGCGGCGCCGAGCCUGUCGGCCGACGGCCGCGUCCUUGGCUUCCGCCGCGGCGGGCCAUCGCCCGGCGCCAGCGCAGUAGCGCCCGAGGCGCAGGUCAGCCCGGCGAGAAUGGGCGAUCCUCGGGCGGCGAGAGAGGACAGUGUCGACAUCGCGCUGCCGUCGUCGUUGCGCGCCAAGAGCAAGGCGAUCCCUCUCGGUGCGGCUCGGCUCAAGGCGAGCGACAUCUUCGACGGCACGUUCGGCGGCCCCGACUCGCCGGCGAGCUCCCUCGUCUUCAACGGCUCAUCAUCGAGCGUCGUCGCCGACGAGGAGGACGACGACCUGCCGCUGCGCAUCCUCGAAGACCUCAUCUCGAGCCACUUCGACGAGCUCAAGACCGAGCUCGUGGCGGCGCGCGAGCAGACUCGACCCGACCUCGACCGCCUCGUCGACUCGGUCACCUCCCGCCUCGAGGCGGUCCUCGUCGCGCAGGGUUCCAGUCGAGUCGGCGCGUUCGAGGCCGAUCGCAGGCUCGACGAGGCGCACAAGCGCAUCGAGCAGCUCGCCGCCACUGCCCUGGAGCGCGUCGAGAACGCCGAGCCGUCCGGUCGCCCUCGUCGCCCGACCCUCCUCGACGCCAACCGCUCCCUCUCGGCACCUCCCCUGCGCCCGAGCACGCCCGGCCUCGUCGACGUCGGCGGUCCCGCCCUCGCCUACUCGGCUUUCCUCGACGACCUCGAGCGCAUUGUCCAGCCGCUCGUGCACGCACCGCUCGACCCGGCCGUUCUCGCCGCCAGCGUCGCGUCGGCGAUGCAGCCGCACCUCGCCGACCUCGUCGAGCGCGUCGCGCCGUCCACGUCGUCGUCCCAGGUCACGGUCGCCGAGCCCGUCGCAUUUGGGAAGGUCAACGGCGACUCGAUCGACCAGGGCCUCGUCGACGCGAUCGUCACGGCCCUCGAGACGCGCAUCACUCGCUCGGGCGCUCGCAAGGACUUGGACGCCCAGCUUGAGCAGACCGAGGCGGGCCUCGCCGUCCCGUCGCACCUCGACUUCCUCCAGGCGGCGCUCCAGGCGGUCAAGGCGGGUCAAGAGCAGCUCGUCGAGGCGCUCAAGGUGCGAGAAUCACCGUCAGCGACAUCGGCGACAGGCGACCAAGUCGAGCGAGUCGUCGAGCAGAUCCUCAAGGCGGUCGGGCCGUCGUCGACGUCUGCCGACAAGGCGCGCUUCUCCGACCUCGGCAUCCAGCUCGCCAAGGCGCGCAACGAGCACGGCAAAGCUCGCAGCGAGAAGGCGGCGUUCCAGGACCGGCUCGAGGAGGACCGAGCGCGGCACGCCGCCGAGCUCGGCAAGCUUCACGCUCGGCUCGAGGCGCAGGAGAUGGCGCUCAAGCGGGUCGAGGGCGAGAAGGAGGCUGCGCGAGAGGCGCUCGCGAGGUCGCAGGGCGAGGUGGCGGGUUUGGAGAAGAGGGUCGCCGCGCAGGAUGCUCGAGUCGACGCCUUGCAGCGCGCCAAGAUGGUCCAGCAGCAGUCGCUCGCCGUCGCCAACCAGCGCAACUCGAACAAAGCCGCCUCGCUCGCCGCCGCUCGAGCCCGAGUCGCGGAGCUCGAGGCGGCCUCGUCGUCGGCCGACGCUCAGGUCAACGCGCUCGACGAGGCCAACACGGCGUACCGCGUGCAGCUCGCGUCCAUCCAGAAGUCGCUCGAGUCGCUCCAGGUCGCCGUCAAGAGCGAGCACGACGAGGCGGCGCUGCGCAUCGCCCAGCUCACGACCGAGCGCGACCGCCUCGCCGAGGAGAACGAUCGCCUCGUGCGCGCGGCGUACAAGGGCGACGAGGACGCGCCGCCGACGCCUCGCCAGGUCGUCGGCCCGCGCCUGUACCCGACGCCGCCGUCUCCUCCGUCGCUCGACAGCGGCCUCGCCCUCGUCGAGCAGCACACGGGCAACAGCGACGAGUCGGACGAGACGGUCGCGCACACCGAGUUCUCGCCGACGCCGAGCGUGUCGGGCCAUUCGGUCGUACAGGACGGCGAGGACGGGUGGUGGACGGCCGUCGACGCUUAGCUUUCCCUCUCUCGCACUCUUUGCCGUCUUCCUAGCCAUUACCCCUCUUGCACACCCUACCUACGUCCUCCUCGUAUCGCCCUCCUCCUGUCGCACCUCGUCCUUCUUGCUUCUCCCUCUCGCCUCUGCCUAGCUGUCCCCGGUUCUCUACCUCUCGCACGCACGUCGCAACGCAGCCGAUCUUUGCACACGCC